CCGGCGACUGAAAAAGAGGUUGUACUCCGUAGGGGUUGGAGUGGUGUUUAGAGCUCGGCCUGCUAUGGAGGCCGAGGCUGCGGAACUGGACGGAGCUCUGGCGGUGGUGGACCCUGCUCUCUCCCAUGUCAAAUGGCGCCUCCGAUCCAGCGCUAAGCGUCGGCUCGAGAUAGAUUUGAUGGCGUUAUGCACCAGAAUGAGGCCUGUCGUGAUGGUAGACUAUGGAGGGAAGCUGCCUGAGCUGCAGGACCACUUGUGUGCGCUUCUAAGGUUUUGUCGUAAGGAGUCGCCAUUUUUCGAGCAUCUAAGGGUGAUGCUUAUUGAAGAUAUGAUAUUUUUGGCACAUGUUAAAUCGUUUGCUGAGUAUGUGGAUUCGAGCUUGAAUUCAAGAGGACUGCAUUUUGUAGACCUUGAGCAGGACCCUCCAAAGAUGGUAGCACAAACAGAAAACAGCUUGGCAGGAAUGCAGCUUCUUGUACCGAUUCUGAACCUAUUCUCUCAGCAUUUCCCACUGGACAAAAUGGAACAUAUCCAAUCGUGUAGCAGGACUGAUGCUGCAGAUAACAACAAUUCAACUGAUGGUGAUCUCACCAGUGCUUCACAGAACUCUGAGUUUAUUGAUCUUAGCAGCUGCAUGCAAGGCACAAAGAUUAGCAUCCCAACUUUAAAUGGAUGGCUUCUCGGUUAUCCAGUUGUCUACUUGUUUAGCACGGAGCACAUUGAAGAUGCUAUAUAUAAUCUGUCAAUGAAGUCUCUACGAAUCUACAGAGUACUAGUCCACAGGAACGGCAGCCCUGGUAGAAGUUUUCAGCAAGAAGAAGAAUUAAUGAGCUUUUCAGUGCCGUAUGAUCUGAGCAUGGGAGGCAGUAAGGAGCCAUGGGCGGAAGCAUUCAUGGCCCAAAUUCGGGCCAGGAGGGAAGGCUGCAAGCAUGCUUGGAGGACACUUCGAUUGGAGGUCAGUGAAUGCUACCCACAAGCCAUUGUGUUGUAAUAGCAAGGGAAGCCCCUGGUAUACUACUUGCAACUCAACAGUGUCAUCAAUUGGUCGUAGUUUAUCUGAUUAAUUGAGGCAAGAUCUAGGUUAUUUGGUCAUAGUGUGAACUGCGGAAUUCAGUGUACUGCAUCUUAUUUUCGUCAUGUUCGGUAUAGAGGUAUAAUAAGGAAAUGCUAUAUACAACAUCUAUAUGUUAUGUAGCAAAAUCUCUUUAUACAUAUCUACUGAAUACCCAACGGUUCAUUAAAGAUUA